CAUCACAGCGAAUCGAAUACCAUUGCUUGGCGCGGCCAUGGCGUCCUUCGGCUCUCUGAAGAAUGCCAUCUUCGAAAGAGAAGAGAAAAAACAACAGUACCAGGCUCAUGUGCGAGGGCUCAAUGCUUACGAUCGCCACAAGAAGUUUAUACAUGAUUACGUUCAUUUCUACGGGAAAAAUAAAUCUAGGGAAGAAAAAUUUCCUAUUAAGACCGAUCAAGACACCUUGAGGGAGGGCUACCGGUUCAUUCGUUCUGAAGAAGAUGACAUGGAUACAUCAUGGGAGCAAAAGCUGGUGAAGCGAUAUUAUGAUAAGCUUUUCAAAGAAUACUGCAUAGCUGAUAUGACACAUUACAAAAGUGGGAAGAUUGGUCUCAGGUGGCGUACUGAGAAGGAAGUAAUAUCUGGGAAAGGGCAGUUCAUAUGCGGUAACAAGCAUUGUGAUGAAAAGGAUGGUUUAGCAAGCUAUGAGGUGAACUUUUCUUAUUCUGAAGCAGGAGAGAACAAGCAGGCCCUUGUAAAGCUGGUAACUUGUGAGAGAUGCUCAAAGAAGCUUCACUACAAGAGAAAGAAAGAAAAGGAGAAACAGGAAAGGAUGGAGCAAGAAUUGUCCAAAAGGAAGAGGCCAAGUGAUGGCAGUUCUUCAGACAGUGAGGAUGAGGGGAGCAGAACGAGAAGAAGAAAAGGAAAGAAGGCUUCAACAUCACAUGUGGAUCAUAAAGUUGAUGACAAAGAAGACUUUGAUGAAUUUCUGGAGGGAAUGUUUCCAUAAUGUUGAUGCCAUUGGGAGACGACAAAAUGCCUUUGUUUGUACGUAUGCACUUUUUUUCUGGCAAUUAUUAAUAUCUUAACAUAAAACAUCAUUUGGUGGUUUCCUUAAUUGUUUGAUUGUAGCCUUGGCAUUAUCUAUAUAGUCUCUUCUGUUCUAUGAGCUGUGGAGCACUGGUUUUUGCUCAUACCUUCCCCUUGGAGUGAAAUAGGAAAAUCGAAAAACCAACCAUCUUGACUGUAACCGAACGAACGUUGGUUGGUCGAUUUUGAAUCAUCGAGAACCCGAAAGUCUCCCAUCUGUUUAGUGUACAUGCACUUCCCUCCCUUCUGACCAUCGUCUCUCCUCACCACCACCAACUGCCCCUUCCGACCUUUUGAACAAUGUCAAUGUCCAACGAAUUUCGACUGAUUGUGAUUGCAUUAUAUGAAAAGGCAUAGUCAAGUUACCUGGCUAUUAGGUUGGGGUGUUAGAACAUCAAAUCCGGAGUUGCCAUUUUAAUUGGCGGGUACGAAACUUGUGUCUAUCCUUUUGUUUUUAAUAUAGCGUUACAAACUUCAUUGUAUAGAACUAUAUAAUAAAAAAAUAAUUGAUGUGCGUGAUCAUUUAUAGUU